UUUUUUUUUUUCUGUCUUUUCCUCAAUGCGCCUGCCCGGUGUGUUGCCAGGGAGCCAGCAGCCGAUACAACAAAGGUGUGGGUUGCCAAAGCCGAGACUGCACCUGUUGCUGCUGCUGCUGCUGCGAUGGCAGACUCUCACGCGGCGUAUCUCUCCGUCCAUUUCAGUGAGUGCGCGCCAGUGGACGGCAACUGUGUUCACAGCCCCGAUGCUGUGGCGUGGAGCCCGCAUAACGUGCUGCUGGUUGCCACACAGUGGUCGCUGUAUCUGCACGUGAAUGGCCUCAUCGCCAGUGACGCCGUUAUUCGCCCUGCGUACCCGUCACGUGGGGACACAUCAUCGCAGAUGUGCAUCGCCGGGGCGAAGUGGGGGCUGGAUUUGGUACCAGAGGAAGCCUACCCCGCGGCGUGCCGGCUUUGCGUGCGAACAACACGUGACCUCUUUGUGUACCGUGUCAUUCGAUACGGCACAGGUCGACUUCGUGUCAGUAAGGGUGUCUGCUUCAUCCCGAAGGCCGCCUCGAAUAAGGGUGGUGAAUCGGAAUCAACAGCGAAGAGGGGACGUAAAAGAACACGUGCAACUUCAAAUGCCGCUAAUACGAAUACUACUGCUGAUGGUGAUGGUGAUGGUGCUGCUACUACCACUGACCAGAGUCAAGCGCCAGGGGUCGAUGGACCAGGGUACUGCGUGGUCAGUUACGAGUGGUUCCCGCAGGAUAUGCUCGUCGUGGUCACGCUCGGUGCCAUUUUUCUACUCGACCUGCACGGAAAUAGCACCGACGAGGAGGUGCCGCAGCAGCAGCUCUUCCCCGAUCCUGCGUACCGCUUUUCUGGGAGUGCAGUGGCAAGACUGACGCCGUCGUGUGCAACACGGGUGGUUGGGGGCGGUGCAGCAGACGCACGGCUUGUCGUAGCGAGCCCGUACUGCCUCCGCAUCUUCACCAUUGUUUCUAAGCAUCUCUGGUUUAGCCACUACGUGGAGGUUCCCGCGUUGUGUGGUGUUCCAGCAGCUCUCUGUGGCAUGUUAGACAACCUCGACAGCUCUCUCCUGCGCGUAUUCGUCUCUGCUCCUGGAUGCGUUCUUCACGGCAGCGUCUCUGUGGCCGCAUCGUCCAAAGGUGGCGCAGCCACGAAGAUGCAACAAGCAGAGUGGAACGCGACGGAGUUGUGGGACGCCGUAACCGAGCUUGGUGACGAGAUCUCUGUGUCUCGCUUUAUAACCAUUCCGCUUGGCUCCUUUGCACCACUCGUGAUGGAAGCAGCUGAUGGUGAUGGUGAUGUCAGGGACGCUGGUCCGGAUGCCUGUGGUGAUCGUCGUGGGCCUUUCCUCGUGCUGGGUGUCUGUCAGCGGCGCCUGUUGGGGUUUGUGGGGCAGCGCUGCAUUACGCUCCUUCGCUGUGCGCGCGUGGAGGGUGCCGUGCCGCCGCGUAACGUCGCGCUGGAGCUGUCGGGCGUAGCCAUUCAUCCAUCUUGCACAUUGGCGGUGGUUGGUGUGCGACUU